UAAAGUUGAAACAGUUUAAAUACCUAGACUCCACUCGACGGACGCGGCAUUUAACGAAAUGAGUUUCAGUGGCAAAGUAGUGUUUGUCAGCGGAGGCAGCUCAGGCAUCGGCGCCGCCACCGCCCGGGAGUUCGCCAAGGAGGGCGCCACGGUUGUCAUCGUCGCCAGAAAUGAAACCAAAAUGAAACAAGUGGCCUCCGAGUGCGAGAAUCACGGCAAGAGACCGCUACUGAUCACAGCCGAUAUCUCUCAGGACGCGGAAGCUAAACGUGCCAUGGAGGCGACUAUACAGACGUACGGAAAGUUGGAUAUUCUGGUUAACAACGCAGGAAUGUUGAGAUACGGGACGUUGCUGAAUGGCGGUGCGCUGGCGGCGUGGGACCAACUGAUGGCGAUAAAUUUCCGGGCGGCGUUGCACCUGAUGCAGCUUGCUGCGCCGCACCUCGUGGAAACUCGUGGCAGCAUCGUGAACGUGUCGAGCGUGGACGGGUCCUCGUCGGUACCGCCGCCGCUAGUGCCCUAUAGCGUUAGCAAAGCGGCGCUAGAACACCUGACACGCGGCGCAGCGCGCGAACUGGCGCCGCACGGCGUCCGGGUGAACACUGUAAGCCCCGGGCCCGUCUACACCGAUAUCUAUGACAGCGGCGGCCCCCACCCUGUCGACAAUAGCAACAUAAAGACGCCGCUCGGCACCAUCUCGCAGCCGGAGGAGAUCGCGCACCUCAUCCUGUUUCUUUGCAGCGACAGAGCCAAGGCCAUCACCGGGUCCAACUAUGUGUCCGACAACGGAUAUCUUUUGCUACCUGUUUAAUUAUUUUCAAAUAAUAAACUGUACAGCCUACUAUAUGUAAAAAUAAAUAUUGUAUAUAAACUAUCCAUAUAGUUAUCAAUCACGUUGUUCAUAUAUGUGUCCAAGAACAGUAAGUAGUACAAUCCACAGCAGCACAAAAAAAUUAAAAAAGUUAUCAUGUUUUUAUGUCAUAAGAUUCAUAAGUCAUAUUGACGGUUUAGUCACAAGCGUUGCCCUCGUGGCAAUGGUGUGCCAACUGGCUAACUUUGCGACGAUACCAAAAACUUUAAGAUACCUUGCGAAAUGUUUAAAUGAAAACUUUGUUUUGUUUUGCUUACCGAGAUGUAUAUUAGCAGAGAAAGUUUAUUGUGUAGAUCGUAAAAAGAUUAAAGAUAAAUCAUGUAUUUAAUUAAUUUUUGUUGAAAAAUUUUGCCGCUGACGCCCACGACCUCCUGUCGCGCGUCGCCGCCCGCCGCCGUCCGCCGCCGCCCGUCGAUCAACAAGCGACUACAACAAACUAAAAAAA